UGAUCAGCUGUGUCCAAUCACAGCUGAUCACAUGUAAACAGGGAAAUGCCAGUUAUCGGCAUUUCUCUCCUCUCGAGCUGUCACGCUGACAGCUCUGAUCAUUAGGGCACUGAUGAUCAGUGUGCCCUGAUGAUCAGUGUAGCCCCAGCAGUGCCACCUGUCAGUGUCCAUCAGUGCCUUGUGUCAGUGCUCAUCCAUGCCAACUGCCAUUGCCCAUCAGUACCACACCAAUGCCACAUCACUGCCUACCAGUGCCCAUCAAUGCCACAUAUCAGUGCCCAUCUGAGCUGCCUUUCAGUGUCACCCAUCAAUGCCAGUCAGUGCCGCCUAUCAGUGCUGCCUAUCAGUCCCCAUCAAUGAUGUCUAUCAAUGCCCAUCAGUGCCUCCUCACCAGUGCCACCUAUCAGUGCCCAUCAAUGCAGCCUCAUUAGGGCAUAUCAGUG